AUGGCGACCGGUGCGUAUGCACCUCUCGAUAAUAAUCCUAUUUCAAGCGAUAUUUGCAGUUCAAGCAGUGAAUUUUAUGAAUCAAGUGAUGAUAGUGUGGUUGAUAAGAAUUUCGUACCAUCAAAUGAUGACGAAAGUUCAGAUACAAGUGAGGAAGGCGACUCACCUGUACCUACUAAAUUAUCAAGAAUAACUGAAACUACAUCCGAAAAAAACUCCGCAAACUCGUUGGAGACAAAGAAGGACGAGAACUAUGAACAGGUGAAAGGAAGAGAAGACGCAAUUAGGACAAGAAUAUUCAACAGUAAAGAGCAAGAAACUUGUUAA